AUGCUAGGCACCAGUUCAGAAGGGCAGAGCGGAAACGGCACGCCGUCCAUAAAGUCCUUUCUGGCUCCGCUGGCCUUGGACGAUGCAAACAUAUACGAAAUAUCGUACCGUUUAUCCAAGGUGUACCAGGAUUUAGCACGGACAGGAGAGGGUCACUUUUUCCCGACACCCGUUACUUAUUUGCCUACUGGCAAGGAGACAGGAUUUUUUCUUGCCAUCGACGUGGGUAUAACGAAUCUUCGUGUUGCUUUCAUUGAAUUGUUAGGAGAUACUUUGGAAGGCACACGCGACGGCACGUCGACGGCUGAGUCUUAUAUCGUUAAUAAUGCCAUUCCCAAAGUAUGGCAGAGACGGGUUAGAAGAACGUUAGAGAAAGCAUGGAGGAUUGAAGAGCAUUUGAAAGAGGAUCCAACGGACAAACUGUUUUCAUGGAUUGGGAGCUGUAUUGCGGAUGUCGUGACCGACGAGCUCAACUCGGGUCACUCAGAGUUCCCGGUGGAGUUGACGACAGGUCUAUCAUUCAGUCUACCCAUAAGACAGGAAUCACUUGGGGAAGCCACCCUGAUGCCAGUGGGCAAGGCAUUUUAUAUCAGCGAAGAUCUUGACCUGCGUCAGGCGUUGUUGGCUGGCUACGAGCGACACACAAAAUGGAUUGUCCCAGCAGAAGCGGCUAUAAGCGACCAGCAAACCCAUAGACUCCCAAAACUGAACAUUGUAGCCAUUGCCAAUGACACGGUAUCAACGCUGGUAUCCCUGGCAUAUUCAGUUAAGUCGUUGCCAAACACGCGGGUAGCCAUGGGCAUUGUCGUGGGAGCAGGGUGCAAUGCUACGGUCCUGAUGAAACUUGAAGAUCUCCAUGACUCGAAGGCUCAUCAAAUACGCUCUUAUAACGCAAGUGCAACAGAGGCUGUAAUCAAUACAGAAUGGACGCUGCAAGGCACUGAGUCCCCAUUCAAGGAGUUGGACGUGUUUACAAAGUGGGAUAUCGAACUUGAUUCCAAGACCCAUCGCCCCGGUUUUCAGCCGUUUGAAUAUUUGACAGGAGCUCGCUAUAUCGGUGAGCUCGUUCGUCUUAUCGUUGUCGAUUACUUCGUCAAUAUCAUUGGCACAUCCCAUGAUAGCCUCCCAGAAUCGCUGAUUACUCCGUAUGCACUCACCACAGCAUUUGUCUCCGACGUCAUCGCCACAUCACGCUCAGACACCGCUUUGGCCUCAAGUUUGAAAGCCCACCUUUCUCCUCCUGAGUCUAGUACUUGGGUUUGGACACCCGAAUUUGCCAAUGUGGUUCGUAUCACCGCAUCUACGGUCCAGACGCGUUCUGCCGCCCUAAUUGCUGCUGCUUCUGUGGGACUUUUGGCCUGUAACCAUGAAGUCAAACUUUCUGACCCCGCAGUGUCAUGUCAGUCAAGUCAACUGUUUAUAGAAAAUUUGCAACAGCAAGAUGCCCUAUGCCCGACGUCUGGUUGGCAUAGCGGGCCGGAAGAACUUGUUAUUGCAUAUACAGGUGGUAUCAUCCAGCAUUACCCGAAUUUCAAAGAGAUGUGUCAGGUAUAUAUUGAUCGGUUGAUUAUGAAAGCAGGCCCGCAGGAGGAAGGGAAGAGCGUAUUGCUCAGAGAGGCUAGCGAUGGCUCGAUAAUUGGCGCUGGAGUGCUGGCUGGAAUGGUAUCCCAAAAAUGA